AUGAAUGGCCUGGCUCUCUCCCUGAGCUGGGGCCUCUUGUUGCACAUCACGGAGACCUUGAUCGUGGCCUAUUUUGCGCUCAUCUCCUGGGCUGACUCGCAGGGCCUCUUCCCGAGGCUGGAGAAUGUGGGAGCCUUCAAGACUGUGACCGUCGUGCCAACCCACGCCACGUGCGGACUCCAAAACCACAGCACGUUUUGCCAUAGCUCUGCGGUCGCCGAAAGUCUCCAGUCCUGCACCCAGAGGCUUUGCAUUCAGGAUUGUCCCCACAGAUCUGCACCCCCAGCCUACACAGCCCUCUUCUCCACAGGCCUGGGGGGCUGCGUGGCUGCAGACAUGCAGGAUCUGCGCCCCGAUUCCCCUCAAAAUUCCACGAGUUUUAUGUUCGGAAAUCACACGAGCUGCAUUUCUUCUUCUCCUCCUCUGAGGCUGGCGGCAUCAUUUACGUUGGCGGUGUGGUUGAAACCCGAGCGGGAAGGUGUAAUGUGUGUUAUAGAGAAGAUGGCGCACGGGCAGAUUGUGUUCAAACUUACAGUAUCGGAGAAAGAAACCACGUUUUAUUAUCGCACAGUAAAUGGUUUGCAGCCUCCAAUAAAAGUAAUGACACUGGGGAGAAUUCUUGUGAAGAAAUGGAUCCAUCUGAGUGUGCAGGUGCAUCAGACAAAAAUCAGUUUCUUCAUCAAUGGUUUGGAGGAGGACAGCACAGCUUUUGAUGUGCAAACUCUAAGUGGUUCAAUUAUAGAUUUUGCCUCUGGUGCUACGCGGAUAGGACAGAGUUUAAAUGGUUUAGAGCAGUUUGUUGGAAGAAUGCAAGAUUUUCGAUUAUACCAAGUGGCACUUACAAACAGAGAGAUUGAGGCCAUCUCUGCUGGAGCUCUGCCCACCUUGCAUGUCCAGCCCCACUGCCGCUGCCCAGGCAGCCACCCGCGGGUCCAUCCCCUGCGCCAGCGGUUCUGCAUUCCCAACGAUGCGGAGGACACGACCAGGGACAGGGUGUCCCGGCUGCAUCCCGAGGCCCACCCUCUCUCUUUUGUCAACGAUGACGACAUUGAGACUUCCUGGGUCUCACGUGUGUUUACAAACAUCACCCAGCUUAAUGAAGGAGUGACUAUUUCAAUAGAUUUGGAAAAUGGACAGUAUCAGGUGUUUUAUAUCAUCGUUCAGUUCUUAAGUCCACAACCAACAGCAGUAAGGAUUCAGAGGAAGAAGGAAGACAGCCUAGAUUGGGAAGAUUGGCAGUAUUUUGCUAGAAAUUGCAGUGUUUUCGGAAUGAAAAACAAUGGAAAUUUGGAAAAUUCAGAUUCGAUCAACUGUCUUCAGCUUUCAGAUUUUACUCCAUAUUCCCGUGGCAAUGUCACAUUUAGUCUCCUAGCACCUGGACCAAAUCACCGUCCUGGAUACAAUGACUUCUAUAACACCCAGUCUCUUCAAGAGUUUGUAAAAGCCACCCAAGUAAGACUUCAUUUUCAUGGACAGUACUAUACAACUGAGCCUCCCGCCAGCCUCGGACACAGAUACUACGCGGUCAGUGAAGUCACCAUCACCGGCAGGUGUCAGUGUCACGGUCACGCCGACAGCUGUGACACGACGAGCCAACCCUAUCGGUGCCUCUGCUCCCGGGAAAGCUUCACCAGGGGACUUCAGUGCGAUCGCUGCCUGCCUCUGUACAACGACAAGCCUUUCCGCCCAGGAGACCAAGUCCACGCCUUCAGUUGUAAGCCCUGUCAGUGCCACGGCCAUUCCCGAAGCUGCCACUACGACAUCUCAGAGGACCCCUUUCCGUCCGAGCACCACAGAGGGGGCGGCGGAGUCUGUGAUGAUUGUGAGCACAACACCACAGGACGGAACUGUGAGCUGUGCAAGGAGCACUUUUUCCGACCAGUUGGGGCGGAUCCUUCAGCCACGGAUGGGUGCCAGCCCUGUGAGUGUGAUGCAGCCGGCACCCGAAACGGUAGCCUCCUGUGUGAUCAGAUGGGAGGCCAGUGUGAUUGUAAGCGACGCGCUUCUGGCAGGAGGUGCAAUCAGUGCCAGGAUGGGUUCUUCAACCUGCACGAGCUGGAUCCUGACGGCUGUAGGCCUUGCAACUGCAAUACCUCCGGGACCGAGGAUGGAGAUGUUACCUGUCACCCACAUUCAGGCCAGUGCACGUGCAAAGCAAAUGUUAUUGGGCUCCGAUGCGAUCGUUGCAGUUUUGGAUUUAAAUUCCUCCGGAGUUUCCAUGAUGGUGGGUGUGAGCCCUGCCGGUGUAACCCCUUCGGCUCAGCGAGCAAACGCUGCGACCCUCUGUCGGGGCAGUGUGAGUGCAAGGCAGAGGCCAGCGGACUCCGGUGUGACACCUGCCGGGAGCACUUCUACGGGCUGGACGUCACUGGUUGCAAGGCCUGCGCCUGUGACCCCGCGGGGUCCCUGCCCGGGACGGUCUGUGACACUGGGACAGGGCAGUGCCGCUGCAAGCCCCGCGUUGGAGGGAGGCAGUGUGAUGGAUGUUUGGAGGGGUCCUUCUACCUCCAGCAGAAUAACUCUUUCCUCUGCCUGCCCUGUGACUGUGAUAAGACGGGGACAGUAAAUGGCUCUGUGCUGUGUGACAAAUCAACAGGACAGUGUCCGUGCAAAUCAGGAGUAACAGGUCUCCGCUGCAGCCAGUGCCAGCCUCACAGGUACAACCUGACCGCGGGCGCCUUCCAAGGCUGCCGGGCGUGCGAGUGCGACUCCGCGGGGACGUUACCCGGGACCACGUGUGACCCAAGUAGUGGCCGGUGCCGGUGUUUGCCUAACCGUCAAGGAAGAAGGUGUGACCAGUGUCAACCAGGCUUUUAUAUCUCUCCGGGCAAUGCCACUGGCUGCCUGCCCUGUUCCUGCCACACAGCUGGGGCAGCUCAUCACAUCUGUAACAGCCGAACCGGCCAGUGUGUUUGCCAAGAUGCUUCCACCGCUGGGCUAAGUUGUGACCGUUGUAGGGACCUUUACUUUGGAUUUGAUCCUCAGAUUGGGAGAUGUCAGCCUUGCAAUUGUCAUCUCUCCGGAGCCUUGAAUGAAACCUGCCACUUGGUCACGGGCCGCUGUUUCUGUAAACGAUUUGUCACCGGCUCAACGUGUGACACUUGUGUUCCCGGCGCAAGCCACUUGGAUGCCAGCAACCCGUGGGGUUGCAGCAAAACUCCGUCCCAGCAACCUCCACCCAGAGGACAAGUUCAAAGUUCUUCGGCCAUCCAUCUCUCCUGGAGCCCACCGGAUCCUCCCAGUGCCCACUGGCUUACUUACCGUUUAUUCAGGGACGGGUCUGAAAUCUACACAACUGAAGAUCAAUAUCCGUACGGUGUUAAUUACUUCUUAGACACUGCCCUGUCGCCAUAUACCUCCUAUUCCUAUUCCGUCGAGACCUCCAGUGUGCAGGGUUCGACGAGGAGUGCAGCUGUCGCCUACAGGACAAGGCCAGGGGUCCCAGAGGGAACCUUGAACUUAAGUUAUGUCAUCCCUGUUGGCUCUGACUCAGUGACGCUUACCUGGACGGCAGCCUCCAAUCGCGCUGGCCCCGUAGAGAAGUAUCUCCUGUCCUGCGCUCCCUUCGAUGACGCCCAGCCCUGCGUUCCCCAUGAAAGUGGCGGAACCACGGCUACCAUCUGGAAUCUGCUUCCCUUCACCGAGUACCGCUUUUCCGUGCAGGCCUGUACCAGUGGGGGCUGUUUACACAGCUCGCCCGUAACCGUGACCACAGCCCAGGCUCCUCCUCGAGGGCUUGGUCCCCCUGUGGUGCUGGCCAUCAGUUCCACAGAACUGCGUGUCGAGUGGGCUCCGCCGAUGGAACCGAAUGGAAUAAUUGCAAGGUAUGAACUCUACAUGAGAAGAUUGAGAUCUGACGGAGAACCCACGUCAGCAGAAAGUCGGGUGUUUGAGAGCAGCGGCUGGCUCAGUCCUCGCCCGUUGGCAGAGUCGGCCAGUGAAAAUGCGUUGAAACCCCCUCUGGCAGCCACAACCGUCCCUGGCCUGGAGCCUUACACCACAUAUGAGUUUAGAGUCUGGGCUGGGAAUAUGGCCGGCAGUGUGUCCUCCCCCUGGGCCUCAGGACGGACAGGAGAAGCAGAGCCUAUAUCCAUGGCCCCUCCCUCGGUCUCCCCCCUCUCACCACACUCUCUCAACGUGUCCUGGGAGAAGCCGGCCGAUAAUGUUACGCGAGGAGAUGUUGUGGGAUAUGAGAUCAAUAUGAUUUCUGAACAGUCGCCUCAACAACCUGCUCCGGUGGUGUUUUCACAGGUGUUGGCCAGGACUGAACCCCAGCAGCUGUCCUAUAUUGUAAGUGGACUGAAACCUUACAGGACCUACAACUUCACUGUUUCCCUCUGCAAUUCAGUUGGUUGUGUAACCAGUGCUUCGGGAGCAGGGCAGACGUUGCCAGCAGCGCCAGCCCAGCUGAGGCCGCCUCUGGUCGAAGGGGUCAGCGGCACAGCCGUCCGCGCUCGCUGGCUCCCGCCCGCAGAACUGAACGGCCCGUCUCCCGUCUAUCAGCUGGAAAGGAGGGAGCCGUCCCUCCCAGCCCCGGGGGCCAGGGCGGAGAAAGGAGUUCGCUUCCCCGGACACGGAUAUUAUACAUUUCCCAGCUCCACUCACCCCGUCAACACAGACUUCACCGGCAUUAAGGCCAGCUUCCGAACAAGGGAGCCUGAAGGUUUGCUCGUCUUUGCCGCGUCCCCGGGCAACCAGGAGGAGUACUUUGAGCUUCAGUUGAAACACGGACGUCCUUAUUUUCUCUUUGAUCCUCAGGGGUCUUCAGUGGAAGUAACCACCACUAAUGAUGAUGGUAAACAAUACAAUGAUGGCAAAUGGCAUGACAUAGUUGCUGUGAGGCAUCAGGCUUUUGGCUGGAUCACGCUGGACGGGCAGUACACAGGUUCCUCGGGGCUUUUGAAUGGCAGCACUAUCAUCGGAGAGAACACGGGCGUGUUUGUGGGAGGCCUGCCGCGGGGCUACGCCGUCCUGAGGAAGGACGCCGGCAUAGUCCGAAAGGGUUUUGUGGGCUGUCUCAAGGAUGUGCAUUUUAUGAAGAAUUACAACCCCUCCGCUGUUUGGGAGCCUCUGGUUUGGCAGAAUUCUGAAGAGCAGGUCAACUCCUAUGACAUCUGGGAGGGAUGUCCCUCUUCAUUGCAAGAGGGAGCCCAUUUCCUCGGAGCAGGGUUCCUGGAACUUGAUCCAGGCACAUUUCAUGGCGGCCUGGACUUUGAGAUUUCCUUCAAGUUCAGAACAGACCAAUUGAAUGGGUUGCUCCUUUUCAUUUACAACAAAGACGGACCUGAUUUUCUUGCUGUGGAGCUGAAGAGUGGAAUACUGAGCCUCCGGUUAAACACCAGUCUUACCUUCACCCGAGUGGAUCUGUGGCUGGGGCUGUCCUACUGUGAUGGGACGUGGAAUAAGGUGACGGUUCGAAAGGAAGGUGCCCUGGUGUCCGCCAGCCUGAAUGAACUGAUGGAGCGCAUGUCACAGCCCAGAGCCCAGCCGCUGGCGGUGAAUUCCGCCGUCUACCUGGGAGGAGUCCCCCCUGAGCUGCAGGACUCUCAUGCACACCUGGGUUUGGAGCCAGGUUUCGGCGGUUGCAUGCGGGACGUUGCGUUUGAGCGCGGCUCCACCCUCCACUUGGCAUCUGUGUCCAGCGGCGCUGUCAGAGUCAAUCUGGACGGAUGCCUGUCAAGUGACAGCGCCGUUAACUGCAGGGGGAACGACUCCAUCCUGGUGUACCGGGGCCCGGAGCCCAGCGUGCAGGAGCACGGGCUGCAGCCCUUCACAGAAUACCUGUACCGCGUGAUGGCCUCGCAUGAAGGGGGUUCUGUCUGGAGUGACUGGAGCCGGGGGCGCACAACUGGAGCAGCUCCACCCAGCGUGCCAGCCCCCUCCGGGGUCCGCAGCAUAAACGGAUCGAGCGUGCAAGUGGCCUGGGAUGAACCUGUGGAGGUCAGAGGUGUGAUUGAGAAGUACAUCCUGAGAGCCUGCCCUGAGGGUGGCGGGCCCGGCCCACCCCGCACCCCCUGUGUCACGUCUGAGCUUGUGUAUACCAGCAACCUCACAGGCGUGCUGACAGGCUUGCUCCCCUUCAGAAACUAUGCGGUGACCCUCGCUGCCUGCACUCUGGCCGGCUGCACCGAGAGCUCGCGUGCACUGAACAUCUCUACUCCACAAGAAGCCCCACAAGAGGUUCAGGCACCAGUAGCCAAAUCCCUUCCCAAUUCGUUGUUCCUCUCCUGGAAUCCUCCCAAAAAAGCGAAUGGUGUCAUCACUCAGUACUCUUUGUAUAUGGACGGGAUGCGAAUCUAUUCAGGCAUCGGAGAGAGCUACACAGCCACAGAUUUAGCAGUGUUCUCGCCCCACCAGUUUCUGCUGUGUGCCUGCACACAUGUGGGAUGCGCGAACAGCUCCCUGGUGAUGCUGUACACGGCACAGCUGCCACCGGAACACGUGACUCCCCCGAUUCUGACCGUCCUGGAUUCCAGAACUAUAAACGCACAGUGGAAACAACCAAGAAAACUAAACGGAAUUCUGGAGCGCUAUCUAUUAUAUAUUUCAAACCACAUGCCUGACUUUACCACGUGGGAUGUCGUCUAUAACAGUACAGAGCUUUUUCAGGACCACACGCUACAGUACCUGUUGCCUGGCACCAAAUAUCUCCUCAAGCUGGGAGCUUGCACGGGGGGCGGGUGCACAGUGAGUGAACCCAGUGAGGCCCGGACGGAGGAUUGCUCACCAGAAGGCGUGCCUGCCCCCAGAGCGCACUCCUAUUCACCCCACUCCUUCAACAUCUCCUGGACGGAGCCUGAACAUCCGAACGGUGUGAUCACACGCUACGGGCUCUAUCUGGAUGGACUGCUCAUUCACAAUUCCUCAGAGCUCAGCUGCCAUGCUGAUGGAUUUGCUCCGUGGAGCUUACAUUCUUUCAGAGUCCAGGCCUGCACGGCCAGAGGGUGUGCUCUGGGCCCACUGGUAAAAAAUCGAACUCUCGAAGCUCCCCCUGCAGGGACAGUCAGUGUCCUGGUGAGGGCAGAGGCAUCCCGGAGAGCCUGCCUGAGGUGGGAAGGGCCGUCUCACCCGAAUGGACCUCUGACAUACACAGUCCUUCUCACCGGGACAUUCUAUGCAGAUCAAGCAGCUAAUAACUACACUCUUCUGAAUGGCACACGCCUCGUGCACCGUGGUGAAGAGACCAACCUGUGGGUGCCCGUCGACGGGCUGGUUCCUUUUACUAAUUAUACGGUGGAAGUGAAUGCUUCAAACACCAGGGGCAGCCUGACAAGUGAGCCUACAGCGAUUGUGAUGCCCCCGGGGGCUCCAGAUGGCAUGCUGCCUCCCAGGCUUGCGGCCGCCGCUCCGACCAGUCUUCAGGUUGCCUGGUCUACACCAGCUCGGAACAACGCCCCCGGCUCAGCCCGCUACCAGCUCCAGAUGAGGCCGGGCCCCUCCUCCCCUGCGUUGCUAGAGUUAUUUUCCAGUCCUUCGGCAUCGUUAAGCCAUGAAGUGAGGGACCUCCAGCCGCACACGGAGUACGCGUUCCGGGUGGUUGCCUCCAAUGGAUUUGGCAGUGCGCUCAGCCCUUGGAUUCUGUUCAUGACGACGGAGGACAGACCCGGACCUGUGGACCCUCCGAUCCUCCUGGCUGCGGACCCGAGAGCGAUGCUGGUCACCUGGCAGCACCCUGUAAAGCCCAACGGGGUCCUCACGCACUAUAACCUGUACCGGCGCGGCCAGCUCUUCCUGAGAGCUCCUAGCGAUGCCACCAACCGCACCGUGACCCGGCUGCGCCCACACACCGCCUAUGCCUUCCAGGUGGAAGCCUGCACUGCCCGGGGCUGUACCCUCUCCCCCCCGUCCCAGGCUGUCUGGACACCCCCAGACGCGCCGGAAGGCAUCCCAAGCCCCGAGUUGUUCUCCGAUACCCCGACAUCUGUGAUCCUCUCAUGGCAACCACCCGCCCACCCCAACGGCUUGGUGGAGAACGUCACCAUCGAGAGGAGGGUCCAGGGGAAGGAAGAAGUCACCGCCUUGGUGACUCUCCCGGGAAACCACUCCACGCGGUACAUGGACAAGACGGCCGCCCUCAGCCCGUGGACGAAGUACGAAUACCGGGUCCUGAUGAGCACUCUGCGCGGGGGCACCAACAGCAGCGCCUGGGCGGAGGUGACCACGAGGCCCUCCAGGCCCGCCGGGGUGCAGCCCCCCACGGUGCGCGUGCUCGGACCCGGGGCAGCCGAGGUCACGUGGAAACCCCCGCUCAUCCAGAAUGGAGACGUGCUUAGCUACGAGAUCCGUAUGCCCGACCCUCACGUCACAAUCAUGAACGUCACUCCCGCAGUGUUAAGCCACGUCAUCACUGGGCUGACUCCUUUCACUGAUUACUCAGUCAGCAUCGUGGCUUGCUCAGGGGGGAGCGGGCAUCUAGGAGGAUGCACAGAGAGUUUGCCCACCCACGUUACAACCCACCCCUCCCCACCUCAGGGUGUUCAGCCGCUGUCCAUGGUCCCCCUCAGUGAAUCGUAUGCUGGGGUUUCUUGGCAGCCACCAUCCAGGCCAAAUGGACCUGGUUUGAGAUAUGAGCUUUUGAGACGUAAAAUCCAGCAGCCACUUGCAUCAAAUCCCCCAGAAGAUUUAAAUCUGUGGCACAAUAUUUACUCAGGAACCCAGCGGUUUUAUGAAGAUAAGGGUCUUAGCAGGUUCACCACGUACGCGUAUAAAGUUUUUGUCCACAACAGCGUGGGUUUCACACCGAGCCAGGAAGCGACGGUGACGACGUGGGCUGGCCUGCCCCAGAGAGGAGCCAGGGUCUCCGUGACUGUCCUCAACCACUCGGCCCUCGACGUGCGGUGGGAUAAACCAACUUUUCAAGACCUACAAGGUGACGUGGAGUAUUAUACGCUUUUUUGGAGUUCUGCUACCUCAAAUGAAUCUCUGAAAAUCCUCCCAGAUGUAAACGCUCAUGUCAUUGGCCACUUAAGUCCAAACACGGAGUAUCGGAUUUUGAUCUCUGUCUUCAACGGCGUCCACAGCAUCACCAGCGAUGUCCUGUACGCAACCACUCGUGAUGGGGAGCCUCAGGGCAUGCCUCCUCCAGAGGUUGUCAUCAUCAACAGCACAGCUGCACGUGUCAUCUGGACGUCGCCUUCCAGCCCAAAUGGCGUCGUCACUGAAUAUUCUGUCUGUGUAAACAACCAGCUCCACAAGACUGGGAUGGAUGUGCCCGGGUCCCUCCUCCUACCAGACCUGUCUCCCUUCACUGUCUAUGACAUUCAGGUCGAAGUCUGCACAAAAUAUGCCUGUGUGAAAAGCAAUGGGACCCAGGUCACCACCAUGGAAGACACUCCAAGCGAUAUGCCAGCGCCCACAAUUCAUAGCAUCACUUCGAGAUCCCUUCAAAUUGAUUGGACGUCCCCAGGGAAGCCAAAUGGCCUCAUUCUGGGAUAUGAUGUCUUCCGCAAAUCAUGGUCCCCGUGCCCUGAGACCCCGAAAGCUCACAGCAGUGAGCUCUGCAAGGCAGUGCUGUGUCAAAAGCCUGAAACUACCUGUGGACACAGGUGCUAUGAUCCUGAGGCUAAGGUUUGCUGUGCCGGCGUGCUCCAUGAUGCCCAGCCCGGACACCACUGCUGUGAGGAGAAGUAUAUCCCUUUGGUUCUGAAUUCAACGGGAGUGUGUUGUGGCGGCCGCAUCCAACAGGCACAGCCAGACCACCACUGCUGCGCGGGGUAUUACGUUAGAGUUCUGCCAGGUGAGGUGUGCUGUCCAGAUGCCCAGCACCACCGGGUCGCCGUGGGCCUGGGUGACGCCUGCUGCGGCCGGAUGCCCUACUCCACGGCGGGCGUGCAGGUGUGCUGCGCGGGGAGGCUGCGGGACGGCCAUGGCCAGCAGUGCUGCGGGGGACAGCUGGUCAGCAGAGAGGCCCAGUGCUGCGGGGGAGCAGACGGGGGCGUGGCGUACAGCCGCCUUCCAGGUGAGGGGCCUCGCCUGCCUUUCAGUAAUGGAGCAAAUGAGAAGCAGAAACAGUGA